AAUGGGGUGGUUUCCAGGAAUGUUUUCAAAAAGGAUGAACUAGGCCUGGAAAUCGCCCAGAUUGCAAUUCCCUCAGCUCUGGCAUUAACAGCAGACCCUAUUGCCUCUCUAAUUGACACGGCAUUCAUAGGCCAUAUAGGUCCAGUGGAGCUAGCAGCAGUGGGAAUUUCAAUAGCCAUUUUCAACCAAGCAUCAAAAAUAGCCAUUUUCCCACUUGUCAGUAUUACAACCUCCUUUGUUGCUGAGGAGGAAGCAACUGAAAGAUUAGUUAAUAUUGAAGCACCAGAACAUGAAGAACUCAAAAGGGGUUCUUUUGAUGCCAACAAAGAACUUGAAAUGGAAGAGCUUGAAUCUCUAAUUGACCCUGCGUCAUCUUUAACAAGCGGUAACGCAGAAAUUCUCAAGCUUGAACAUGUCAGAAGACGUAUCCCAUCAGCUUCAUCAGCUAUGGCUAUUGGUAGUGUCUUAGGAUUAAUCCAAGCUUUGUUCCUUGUAUUAGCAGCUAAGCGAUUAUUGAAUUACAUGGGGGUUGAUUCUAAUUCUCCUAUGUUAAAACCAGCAAUUCAGUACUUGACUUUGAGAUCACUGGGUGCUCCAGCUGUUCUUCUCUCUUUGGCAAUGCAAGGGGUUUUCCGUGGAUUGAAAGAUACAAAGACUCCUUUGUAUGCUACAAUGGUGGGAGAUAUAUCAAACAUCAUUUUAGACCCAAUAUUUAUCUUCAUUCUUCACUUGGGUGUUAGUGGUGCUGCCAUUGCCCAUGUUAUUUCACAGUACUUAAUCUCCCUAAUACUUUUGUGGAGAUUAAUGAAACAAGUUGAUCUUCUAUCUCCAAGUAUGAAAGAUCUGCAAUUUGGUCGAUUUCUAAAAAAUGGACUUCUGUUGUUGGUGAGAGUCAUUGCUGCAACACUAUGUGUUACAUUGGCAGCAUCAUUGGCUGCGAGGCGGGGCUCGACGACAAUGGCUGCUUUUCAAAUUUGCUUGCAGAUUUGGCUGGCAACCUCCUUGCUUGCUGAUGGCUUGGCCGUGGCUGGACAAGCGAUUCUUGCAAGUGCCUUUGCAAAGAAAGAUUACAGCAAAGUCACUGCCACCGUUUCUCGCAUAUUGCAGUUGGGUCUGGUUUUAGGACUAUUUCUCUCUAUCAUCAUCACAUUUGUACUAGAGCUCUCUUCCAGAUUAUUCACAAAGGACGCCGACGUUUUGCACUUGAUGAGAGUAGGAAUCCCGUUUGUUGCACUGACUCAGCCCAUUAACGCUUUAGCAUUUGUCUUUGAUGGAGUCAACUAUGGAGCAUCAGAUUUUGCAUAUUCUGCUUACUCAAUGGUUUUGGUAGCCAUAAUAAGCAUAUGGUCCUUAUUCAAACUGUCCUCAAGUUAUGGCUUUGUUGGCAUCUGGUUUGCUCUAUCUUUAUACAUGAGCUUGCGCACAUUUGUUGGCUUUUGCAGGGUAUGGACUGGAACAGGACCUUGGAACUUUCUCAGGGAUUUAUGACUACCUAAUACUUUUUCUAUAUUUUCAUAACAGAUGUUGUUACUCCUGUGUAUUCUUUCUUUAUCAUUUAUGUCUCUUUACAAGCUCAUUGAA